AUGCAACCAAAGACGGAGCUGGCAGAAUCUUAUGUGAGGAACUCAGAGCACUUGGUGGACAUCAUUAAAAACAACAAACUAAACGACACCGACAUCCUUGCCAGCCUAGAAAUAAAAUCCCUCUACCCGAGUAUAUCCAUAAACGGAGCCCUAGCCACCAUUAGAACUGAUCAUAGCUUUCCGCAACAUGUCACGGAUCUAGCAGAGCACUGCCUUAAAAACACCUAUUUCAUAUUUGACAACCAGAUCUAUAAACAGGUAGAGGGAGCUCCGAUGGGUUCCUCCCUAUCGCUUGUGAUCGCAAACCUGUUCAUGAUGCACUUCGAGAAAGAAGCACUUAACAACGCCCGCCUCAAACCAACCCUGUGGAAAAGAUAUGCAGACGACAUAUUCAUCAUCUGGCCCCACGGAAAACAAGAACUAGACCGGUUUGUGACCUACCUGAACAACAUCCAUUCCGGCAUCCAGUUCACUACCGAAAGAGAGGAGAACAGGCAGCUACCUUUCCUAGACCUACUAAACAGGGCAACAGAAUUGAGGGAGACAACAAAGGCUCUGCGACAAAAUGGCUACGGACCAAAGAUCAUUCAAAAGGCCAUCGACAGACAAAGAAGAACCAAAAAAACAUCCACUAGAUCGACAGAAGACUCUCCACACGACAGACAAUCUGUGACACUACCUUAUGUCAAAG